UGCAACCAUCCGGUAUUGAAAUGACAAGAGCCUUUUUUUGUUGCUUACCGAUUAUAGCUGGUGUAUGUUACCAUUUUCAAGUCAAUUUUGGAGAUAUUAUUGAACGUCACUUUGAGGUAAAGUGUUGGAUGCUGUUCCAUGCAGAAGAUAAAAUCUGAGCGAACAUUCCAGAAUGAAUUGACUGUCGUUAAAUCAAACUGUAUUAAUAUGUUGACAUUGUCUUUUGAAUUAAAAAAAAAUAAGCAUAUUGAAAGACAGGAACAUAUAUAUCAGAAUUUUGUCUUUUGAAUUAAAAAAAAAAUAAAUAAGCAUAUUGAAAGACAGGAACAUAUAUAUCAGAUUUUUUCAAAUGAGUUUCAGAUUAAUAAUACGUCAAAUCAAAAGCUUUACAUUAGGAUAACGCAUAAAAGUUGGCAUAUAUUCAUCAAUGCAAUUGUUCUAAAGUGCAUUUACGUUUGUUAGUCUUUUUUAUAUUAUAAUGGAGAAACGACUAUUUCGAGAGAUUUCAGUGCCACUGGAAGAAAUUGCUCUUAGGAGUGUUGUUGUCAAUCUGUGGAACAAUACAUUAAAUUCAUAUUGGCUAUUCCGAGACAAUGUGAUUAUUGUUGGGGAUAAGAUUAAACAAAGAAUUUUAGAAAUGGUGCCGCCAUUAUUUAAGAAUCGGAUGAUCUCUUUAGUCAUGCCCAUUGGUGCUGAAAUAUUAAGUUGGCGAAUGUACCAUGAAAAAAAUUUUCAUGGUGUACCUGAAGAUAUUAGUUCCGAUUAUUUAAAACAUUUACACUGGACAAGUAAGGGCACUAUAGAUUAUAAGAAAACAGCAGAAAAACUUAUUGAUCUUAAAAUGUUUGAUGUCACAAAACGCUAUGAAUUAGCAUGUUUACAUUGCUUGGAAGAUUAUAUUCCACUUCUCUGGGAAGAAGUCUCCGAAGAGUACAAAAAGCUUCUGAAAGAAGAAUUUUAUUCUUCUGUAGACAUGCAGUUGAAAUAUUAUUGGGCUUACGUUUUGAAAGGAGAAGAAUAUAAAUUCAAUUGUAUCUUUCAGACGCGAUUACCGGGGGAGUUAUCCUUUCAUCAGUAUGCAUUCAAAGUUUCAGCAGUGAAAGGCAAUAAAUCAGCGGCUAAAUUUUUUUUUCAAAAACUCUCUACCAGAGAACGAGAUUCAUCUUUAUUAUUUACUAUCUAUUCUGUUUUAAAUGAACGGUGUAGAUCAGGCAAAAAGCUUCCGGACUUUCCAAAGCAGAAUCUCUCUGAUGUCUUAUGUUACUUGUUGUCUUUGAUGAGUCAUGAGCAACAGAUGCAGGCAUUAAAAAAUUUUCCUUCCCCCAUUUUAGCAUGCUUUCUUGAUUGGCCAUCGAAUGAUUUUUUCUUGGAAGUCGCUGAUGUUAUCUGGACCUUUCUUCCUGAAAGAAUGUAUGCAUGUUUGCUAACUUACAUGUAUAAAGUCAUUAGAACAACACAUGUCUAUAAUCCCCUACUGUUUCAGCAAUUUUUUAGGCAGAGUCCUCGCAGUUUCAGAAAAGAGUUUGUAGAUAAAGAAUGUCUAUUUGGUUAUUUCUUUCCGGAAUUUUUCAGUAUGCAAGAUAUUGAAACUAUUGAAGUAAUUUUCAGAAAUAUAGAUGCUGCUGACAGAGUAAGACUUAUCUUUGGUCAACAUGUUUUUAAACUUUUGUGCAAUUCCAUCUUCACAGUCAGAUGGCAUAUGGUUGAAGUGCUUCUUCGAGAAGCCAUGCUAUCCAAAGAAGAUAGGCAGAGACUAAAGAAGAAUAUUUUGAAAUGCAUGACAAAAACUCACAAAGGAAUGGGAGUCGAAGAGAGAACCCAUAAACGGAAAUGGUUUUGUGUAUUCUUUGAUGACGUCUGUGCAAAUGCUGCUGGUGAGGAAAACCCGAAAGAUGAAACAUCUACUGGAGUUAAAAAACUCUGCACUGAAAAGAAAAAUAAUUAAUUGGACUGUAAAUUCUUGAACUCGUAUUCAAAAUCAUGGUGGGCACUCUUUUUAGAGCUUCAUCUUCAAUUAGCUGUUUCUAAAAUAUAUGGGAUUGGAAAAACUCCAGACACCUGCAUCAACAAAGAUCUGGAAAAAUUUACAAUUUAGGAGUUCAUCUCCCUGUUUCCAUUAUAAUUUUAAGAAACUGGACUUCCUUGUGAAACAGAAUUUUAUCAUGAUUGAAUGCCCAUGAAUUGGUUUUUCUUGCAACGGUAAAUAUUGACUAUAUGGAAUUGUAAGAUUGCUGUUGCUAUUUGAAUUCAAUGGAACUGCUUCUGACUACUAACUACUUACAUUUUACUAUUUUCUUGUUGUGCUGGAGAUGUCUUAAUUACAUUUGGAUUAUAUUCUCAAAAGAUACAGAAACUUUUUGAAUAUAGUAGGAUUACAUGCAUUCUACUUUUUUUUUUUUUAUAAUUGCAUUUAUAACACUCAUUCAGUUACUCAAUAUUAAUUACUGAGAUUUAUAAUACAUCAUCAGAAGUUAUAUUGGCUUGAAAAAUCGUACAUACUAACAUUACACUUUGCAAAUGGGAAGAUUCAGUUAUAUCAGCCAGUGUUUUAAUCCACUGUACAUCAGAAUGUCACAGUAUCAUUAAUUAAUAACAGUUAAAUUGACUUGAUAUUUUUUAUUAUAAUUUUAACCUUUGAUGUUAAUUGAACUAAAUGUUAUAGAUUAUUUUUAUUUCAGAAGUUGCUUUUGGAUUUCACUUAAGAAAUUUUUGAAUACAGGUAAGUGGUAAGGACAUUUUACAUGUUAAUGACUAUAACUUGUUUUAAAAGUUUUAUAUUCCCAAUUCUUUUAAAGCUCAAAUAUUGUAUAUAAAUUCUUGCUGAGCAGAAAGCUUGUUUUGUGGGAUAUUUCAUGUUUUUACUUUUCUGAGUCAAGCUUUGAUUCUUUUAAAAUAUAUUCUGUUUCUAUGUCAUGUAUGAUACCUUUUAUUAAAGGUAGAUGCACAUAGUAUCAAAUGUCUGAAACUUGCAUAUUCUGUAUUUGUAUGUUAUUAUCGCAUGUGCAGUACCACACAAACAUUCAAUAUUACUUUUAAAUAUAUUAUUAGAUUAGAUAAAAGUACUAUAUACUCUUUUCUUUUAAAUUUAAAAUAUUGUGCAUAAAUUCUUGCUGAGCAGAAAGCUCAGCUGCUUUGUGGGAUAUUUUGUGUAUUUACUUUUCUGAGCCAAGUUUUGAUUUUUUUUUUAAAUAUAUUCUGUUUCUAUGGCAUGCAUGAUACCUUUUAUUAAAGGUAGAUACAUAUAGUAUCAAAUGUCUGAAACUUGCAUAUUCUGUAUUUUUAUGUUAUCGCAUGUGCAGUACCCACUCUUAACAUUCUAUAUUAUUUAUUAGAUUAGAUAAAAGUACUAUAUUCCCAUUUCUUAAAAUGCCCAAAUAUUGUACAUAAAUUCUUGCUGAGCAGAAUGAUUUUUUUGUGGGUUAUUUCAUGUAUUUUCUUUUCUGUGCCAAACUUUGAUUUUUUUAAAUAUAUUCUGUUUCUGUGGCAUGUAUGAUACCUUUUAUUAAAGGCAGAUAGUAUCAAAUGCCUAAAAUUUACAUAUUCGGUUUUUGUAUGUUAUUAUCGCAUGUGCAGUACCCACUCAAACAUUCAGUAUUACUUUUAAAUAGAUUAUUAGAUUAGAUAAAAGUAUUACAUUCCCAUUUCUUUUAAAGCUCAGAUAUUGUACAUAAAUUCUUGCUGAGCAGAAAGCAUGUUUUGUGUGAUAUUUCAUGUAUUUACUUUUCUGAGCCAAGCUUUGAUCUUUUAAAAUAUAUUGUGUUUCUAUGGCAUGUAUAAUAGCUUUUAUUAAAGGCAGAUGCACAUAGUAUCAAAUGUCUAAAACUUGCAUAUUCUGUUUUUGUAUAUUAUUAUUGUAUGUGCAGUAUCCACUCAAAUAUUCAAUAUUACUUUUAAAUAGAUUAUUAGAUUAGAUAAAAAAAAAAUACUAUAUGCCCAUUUUUUUUAAAGCUCAAAUAUUAUACAUAAAUUCUUGCUGAGUGGAAAGCUUGUUUUGUGGGAUAUUUCAUGUAUUUACUUUUCUGAGUCAAACUGAUUCUUUUAAAAUAUAUUCUGUUUCCAUGAGAUACACCUAGUUUCAAAUGUUGAAAACUUACGUAUUCUGUAUUUGUACGUUAUUAUCGCAUGCACUGGACCCAUUCACUUUUAAAUAGAUAAUUAGAUUAGAUAAAAGUACUAUAUUCCCAUUUCUUUUAAAGCCCAAAUAUUGUAUAUAAAUUCUUGCCGGGCAGAAAAUUUGUUUUGUGAGAUAUUUCAUGUAUUUACUUUUCUGAGCCGAGCUCCAAUUCUUUUAAAAUAUAUUCUGUUUCCAUGAGAUGUAUGAUACCUUUUAUUAAAGGCAGAUGCAGAUAAUAUCAAAUGUCUAACACUUACAUAUUCUGUUUUUGUAUGUUAUUAUCGCAUGUGCAGUACCCACUCAAACAUUCUAUAUUAUUUAUUAGAUUAGAUUACUAUAUUCCCAUUUCUUUAAAUGCCCAAAUAUUGUACAUAAAUUCUUGCUGAGCAGAAUGAUUUUUUUUGUGGGUUAUUUCAUGUAUUUUCUUUUCUGUGCCAUAUUUUGAUUCAUUUAAAAUAUAUUCUGUUUCUGUGGCAUGUAUGAUACCUUUUAUUAAAGGCAGAUAGUAUCAAAUGCCUAAAAUUUACAUAUUCUGUUUUUGUAUGUUAUUAUCGCAUGUGCAGUAUCCACUUUAAAAUAUUGAAUGUUUAACAAAUUAUUACUUUUUGAAGAUAGAAAACAAUAUCACUUUUUGAAUUCCUUAUAAUGCUUGCAUGAUACAUCUAAAUAAUAAAUUUCAAAAUGAAAUCUCUCUGACAAUAAAAAUCUCACUUAUAGAUGCCAUUUGCUAACUUUCAAACUAUCUUUUCAAUUAUAUUAGAAGUUACAGGUAAGAAUACUCAAUUAAGGUAUUAUAAAAUUUCUUUUUGGGCAAUGAUAUUUAUGGAAGCUAUUAUGAAAAAAUGUCACUUAAUAUUUAUUUAAAUAAAAUUUUAAGAAAAUCGCUUUGAGAAAUACAUUUUCACCCUCUAAAUAAUACAUAUUUGUAUUGAAUUUGGAUACAGUAGGUCAAACUGUCAAGCAUUUGGAGAUCCUAUACAUAUUCUCCUUUAUCAUUACAUCCCCCCCCACACACAUUUAGUUCCAACUUGAAAAUUUAAUCAAAUUGUUUUACAAACGAUGAAAAAAAACUUUUUAUAUAAUUUCAGUGAAAACAUUAAUAAUAAUUAUGCAGUUUCAAACAUUAUCUUAAUCUAAAUGAACCAAACGUAAAGCAAUUAUAAAAUGUAAUUUAAAUGACAUAAUUUUUUUUCUGCUUAUGUUAUUGUCACAUUAAAAUAAAAUUAGGAUGAUUUUGAGCUUUGCUCUCUUCCUCUAAGAAAUUACCAUAUUUAUACAAAUACAUAAAAUAUUUUCUGCUUGAAUUUUACCCCAAACUCUCUAGAUGUGUAGGAAUGAAGGUAAGGAAUCGGAGCCUCAAACUUCUUGACUAUUUGGGAAUGUUUAGUUUUUAUACCAUAUUAUUACCAAUAGAGAUGCACCUAAACAUAUUUAAACAUGCAUUCCAGGCAGGCAGUGUUCCCUUUCGUAUAAAAAGAAAAUUGCAAAUGUGAGUCAAAAAUUCAUUGUUUAAAAAGCUACUGAAAUUUUUUAAUAUAUUUAUUUCUACAAUAGUAUGUGAUAAUUCUGUGUUGUAUUAUCAAUAUUUUUCAAUAAGAAGGCUUUUAAAUUUGGCACCCUUUCAUUCCUCUUCAAUCUCAAACCAUUCCCUCUCUGAUACUACUGGUAGCAAAAACCUACAUUUGAAACAAAUUUCUUAAUUUUUUUCCCGAACUCUGCUGAAAAUACUUUCAAUACCUUCACUGUUUUGAGAGAAGAUUCAGGUUAAGGGGUUUUCCUAUUUUCCACUAUAUAUCCGUAUAUUUUUGUUUUCAACUAAUUUCUAUAGGAACUACGGAAAUUCCGCUGCUAUUGGAGGGUUUACUUCAGAAGCAAGAUAUUCUAUCUGAUCUGUUAAAAACUGCAUAUUUUAUUUGUUUAUUGCUAUUUUUUUUUUUUUUUUUUUUGAAUUGAUAUCCUUACCAGCGAGGCUUUGUCACAUUUUUUUCUAACGGUUAUAAACUCGCUGAUGAUAUGUAAAACUACAUUUAAGAUUAAUCUUUAUUCCUGAUAAAAUAAAGUGAUUUGUGGUUUUUAUCAUGA